UUUGAAGUAAUAUUUACUAAUAAUCCGUGUCACAACCUGAAAUUUAAUGCCAUCGGGGGAUUCCUAUAUGCACACCCAAACAAAGGGGAAAAUUCCAGUGACGAACCUUAAACAAUACCAAAUAGUGGAGAGAUGCUGCCCUGAACUGUCCGAUGUAAAUCGUGUAGAGAUGUAAUAUUUUUUUGUAAACAGUAAAGUAAAAGUGUAGUUUAUUCAAUUGCAUAUUUGAAAAAUUCUAGGAAUUAAACUUAAUAUAUCAAUUGAGGUGUGUAGUUAGUAAUGUCAGAAGAUCAAGCUCAAGCUGAAUUGGAUUUAGAGCAAUCAGCUCCAUUAUUAGCUAAUCAACAAGAUUCUGAAUCGGGAAUAUUCGAUACGUUUUGUCCAAAUUCAAGACAAACGUUAAGAAUUUGUCUUCAUUUGAAAACUUUAAUUGAUAAAGUUAUACCAAUAGUAUUUGAUUCUUCUGAAAUCUCUUCAUCUAAUUCUCCUAUACUUAAUUCUCGAGUACUUGAAUUAGUUUAUGAAGCUGCUGGUGGUAAAGGAAAUGGUAAACCUCAUACUUCAUCAUAUAAAUAUCGAGCAGCUUUAGUAUUUUGUUUACUUCGAGUUUGUGGUUGGUAUUGGCAACAAGCUGAAUUUGAAUUAAGUGAUAAUAAAUUAUAUUUAUUAAGAGCAGAAACUGCUCAAAUUCUUGCUGCUAAAAUUAUUGAUUCAACUAGUAAUGAUGAAUAUCUUUUUCUUGGAUUAUUAUGUCAUAGAUAUGUAAUUAAUCUUAAUAAUAUUGAUGCAACUCCAGUUAGUGCAUUAGAAUUAGCAGUUGAUAUGCAUAGUACUAUAGUUAUUGGAUCAGCUGGUUAUCAAAGAUGUAUUAAAUGGCUUUGGAGAGGUUGGAUUGUUCAAUCUUCAACUGAUCCUCAUGCUUAUGUUAUGUAUAAAGGAGUAUCACUGAAUUCACUUCGAGUACAUUUUGAUCCUGAAAGAGUUAAAACUCCAUUAUAUCAAAAUAUUUUGGAAAUUCUUAUUAGUAUAAUUUAUUUAAUUUUAUUUACAAUUAUUCUUAAUGGUCAUCAAAUGACAACUGAUGCAUUAGAUGUAUUUGAAAUUAUAUUUUUCUUAAUUACUUUAGGUUCAGUUCUUGAUGAAAUUGUUAAAUUUUAUCAUGUUGGUUAUUAUUAUUUAGGAUUUUGGAAUGCAUUUAAUGAUGUUAUGUAUACAAUAAUUUUUGCAGCCAUUGGAUUUAGAUUAGCAAGUGUUAAUACUUCAAAGGGUUCAUUAAAAGAAAAAUAUGAUGAAAUUGGUUAUAGAAUUCUUUCAUGUGCUGCACCAUUUAUGUGGUCAAGAUUACUUUUAUUCUUAGAUGCUCAACAAUUUGUUGGAGCUAUGAUUGUUGUUAUUAAAACUAUGAUGAAAGAAUCUAUUUACUUUUUCGUAUUAUUAUUAGUGGUUAUUGUUGGAUUUUUACAAGGAUUUCUUGGACUUGAUGCAUCUGAUGGUAAAAAUGAAGCAACCUUUAGAAUUUUAAUUUCAUUAGUUAAAGCAAUUAUUGGAGAAUCAAGUUUUGAAGAUGUUUCUGAAUUAGUUCCUCCAUAUGCUUCAAUACUUUAUUAUAUUUAUUCAUUUGUUUUAACAGUUAUUUUGAUGAAUAUUUUAAUUGCCUUAUAUUCAACUGCUUAUGCAGCUAUCGUUGAAAAUGCCACUGAUGAAUAUUUUGCAUUAGUUGCUCAAAAGACUCUUAGAUAUAUUCGAGCUCCUGAUGUUAAUCUUUAUGUGGCACCAUUUAAUUUAAUUGAAUUUCUUAUUACUCCAAUUGGUUGGUUUAUACCUAAAUCUACUUUUAAAUCAUUUAAUUAUUAUAUUUUACUUAUAAUUUAUUCACCAUUAUUAGUAUAUAUUACUCUGGAUGAGUUAGCUAAUGCUAAUAGAAUUCAAUAUAAUAGAUAUAAAGGAGUUGCUGAUGAUGCUAAUGAAUAUGAUACAGAAUGGGAUUUAACUGAUGGAUUUGAAGGUGAUUAUUUUGAAGCAGGAGGAUUUGAAAGUAUUCAAGAACGGAAUCAAGAAGUGAAUCAAGAACUUCGAAUUCAACGUGAAGGUGAAGAACAAGAUCCUGAAUUUAGAAUUGAUUUUAAGAAAUUUGAAGCGGAUAUUGAUAGUGCAGUUAAGCUGGUUAAUGAAGCUAAUAAAUUAGGGAUUAAAUGGGAAUUUUAUGAGUUAUAUGAUAAGAUUGAUAAAUUGACAACAUUAGUAGAGGCCGUUGUUAAAGAGAAUGAAGAGUUGAAAAAGAAGGUUGCAGAGAAGUAGACAAAUUGAUCUAUAUAUAGUAAUAUACUAUUCUCAUAAUAUACUGACAGUUAUAAAGUAA